AGUUGAUGGGGACCUCAUUCCACAAGUAUGAGUAAUACCUUCUUAUUCCACAGGGGAAGUAACAUCUGCCUGCCACUGGGAGAGGCAGAUGACCGACCCAGUGACCUAGAAGUGCAAGAGUGCACACUGGGAGGUGCAACCUGCAAGGAUUCUGAAUCUGACGUGGAGGAGUUUUCAGAUGAAACAAACACAGAGACCCUUUAUGGCACCUCUCCCCCCAGUACACCUCGACAGAUGAAGCGCAUGUCCACCAAACACCAGAGGAAUAAUGUAGGGAGGCCUGCUAGUCGCUCUAAUUUGAAAGAAAAAAUGAAUACAUCAAACCAGCCUCCACAUAAAGACACUGGAAAAAUCGAGGAGAAAAAGAUCCGAGCAGCUAUUAGGACAACAGAGCGCGAUCAUAAGAAAAAUGUGCAGUGCUCAUUCAUGUUGGACUCAGUGGGUGGAUCUUUGCCCAAAAAAUCAAUUCCAGAUGUGGAUCUCAAUAAGCCUUACCUCAGUCUCGGCUGCAGCAACGCCAAGCUUCCGGUGUCUGUGCCCAUGCCUAUAGCGAGAACUGCACGCCAGACUUCUAGGACGGACUGUCCAGCAGAUCGCUUGAAGUUUUUUGAAACUUUACGACUUCUGCUAAAGCUUACCUCAGUCUCAAAAAAGAAGGACAGGGAGCAAAGAGGACAGGAAAAUACAUCUGCUUUCUGGUUUAACCGAUCGAAUGAACUGAUCUGGUUAGAGCUGCAAGCCUGGCAUGCGGGACGGACCAUCAACGACCAGGACCUCUUUUUAUAUACAGCCCGACAAGCCAUACCAGACAUCAUCAAUGAGAUCCUUACUUUCAAAGUUAAUUAUGGGAGCUUUGCCUUUGUUAGAAAUGGAGCUAGUUUUAAUGGUACCCCAGUAGAAGGACAGUGCAAAGCGCCUCAUGGAACAAGGAUUGUGGGGUUUCCAACAUAUCAUGAGCAUCUACAGCGCCAGAGGGUGUCAUUUGAGCAGGUGAAACGGAUAAUGGAGCUGCUGGAGUACAUAGAAGCACUUUAUCCAUCAUUGCAGGCUCUUCAAAAGGACUAUGAAAAAUAUGCUGCAAAAGACUUUCAGGACAGGGUGCAGGCACUCUGUUUGUGGUUAAACAUCACAAAAGACUUAAAUCAGAAGUUAAGGAUUAUGGGCACUGUUUUGGGCAUCAAGAAUUUAUCAGACAUUGGCUGGCCAGUGUUUGAAAUCUCUUCCCCUAGAUCGUCCAAAGGCAAUGAGCCAGAAGAUGAGGGAGAUGACACAGAAGGAGAAUUAAAAGAGUUGGAGAGUAGCUCAGAUGAGGAUGAAGAACAGCUUUCUGAUCCAACGGUGCCAGAAACCAGACAGCCCACUGACAACACUUUCAACUUCCAGUCGCAGGACUGCACAGCUAAGAAGCUUGAGAGGCUUGAAUCUGAGGACGAUUCUGUUGGCUGGGGAACGCCAGACUGCAGCACAGAAGCAGGCUUUAGUAGAUAUUGUCUGACUUCUAUUUAUAGACCAUUUGUAGACAAAGCACUGAAGCAGAUGGGAUUAAGAAAGCUAAUUUUAAGACUUCACAAGCUGAUGGAUGGUUCUUUGCAAAGGGCCCGUAUAGCACUGGUAAAGAGUGAUCAUCCAGUGGAGGUUUCUGAGUUUCCAGAUCCCAUGUGGGGUUCCGAUUAUGUGCAUUUGUCCAGACCGCCACCUUCUUCGGAGCAGAAAGGCUGUGCUGUGCCUUGGGAGGAGCUCAAGUCUAUGGAUUUACCCUCCUUCGAACCUGCCUUCUUAGUCCUCUGCCGAGUCCUCCUGAAUGUUAUACACGAAUGCCUGAAGUUAAGAUUGGAACAGAGACCUGCUGGAGAACCAUCUCUCUUGAGCAUUAAGCAGCUGGUCCGAGAGUGUAAGGAGGUGCUGAAGGGCGGCCUUCUGAUGAAGCAGUACUACCAGUUCAUGCUGCACGGCGUCCGGGACGGCCUGGAGAAGGCCGACUGCAACAUCGAUGCCUUCGAGGAGGACCUGCAGGAGAUGCUCAUGGUAUAUUUUGAUUACAUGAGAAGCUGGAUCCAAAUGCUACAGCAGUUACCUCAAGCAUCCCACAGUUUAAAAAAUCUUUUAGAAGAAGAAUGGAAUUUCACCAAAGAAAUAACCCAUUACAUCCGGGGAGGAGAGGCCCAGGCUGGCAAACUUUUCUGUGACAUUGCAGGAAUGCUACUGAAAUCCACCGGCAGCUUUCUGGAAUUCGGCCUGCAGGAGAGUUGUGCCGAGUUCUGGACCAGCGCUGACGACAGCAGUGCUUCGGAUGAAAUAAGGAGGUCGGUGGUGGAGGUCAGCCGCGCCCUCAAGGAGCUCUUCCACGAGGCCCGCGAGAGAGCCUCCAAAGCGCUGGGGUUUGCUAAGAUGCUGAGGAAGGACCUGGAAAUAGCUGCCGAGUUCAUGCUCUCAGCCCCCGUCAGAGACCUUCUGGGUGUUCUGAAGUCGAAGCAGUAUGUUAAGGUACAGAUUCCUGGCUUAGAAAACUUGCAGGUGUUUGUUCCAGACACUCUUGCUGAGGAGAAGGGUAUUAUUUUGGCGUUACUCAACGCAGCCGCAGGCAAGGACUGCUCCAAAGACUCUGAUGACGUGCUGAUCGAUGCCUAUCUGCUCCUCACCAAGCACAGUGACCGCACUCAGGAUUCAGACGACAGCUGGGCUGCGUGGGAGGCACAGCCUGUCAAAGUUGUGCCUCAGGUGGAGACGGUUGAAACUCUGAGAAGCAUGCAGGUGGAUAAUCUGUUACUGGUUGUCAUGCAGUCUGCUCACCUCUUACUUCAGAGAAAAGCUUUUCAGCAGUCCAUUGAGGGGCUCAUGACUCUGCGUCAGGAGCAGACAUCCAGCCAGCCAGUCAUCGCCAAAGCUUUGCAGCAGCUCAAGAAUGAUGCAUUAGAGCUUUGCAACAGAAUAAGUGAUGCCAUUGACCGAGUGGACCACAUGUUCACUUCAGAAUUUGAUGCUGAAGUCGACGAGCUGGAGUCGGUCACGCUGCAGCAGUACCACCGGGAAGCCAUGGUUCAGGGCUACAAUUUUGGGUUCGAGUAUCAUAAAGAAGUUGUACGUCUGAUGUCUGGAGAGUUUAGACAGAAGAUUGGAGACAAAUAUAUAAGCUUUGCCCGAAAAUGGAUGAAUUAUGUCCUAACUAAGUGUGAAAGUGGGAGAGGCACAAGACCCAGGUGGGCAACUCAGGGUUUUGACUUCCUGCAAGCCAUUGAGCCCGCCUUCAUCUCAGCUUUGCCGGAAGACGACUUCUUGAGUUUACAAGCCUUGAUGAAUGAGUGCAUUGGCCACGUGAUAGGAAAGCCACACAGUCCUGUUACAGCCAUUCAUCGGAACAGCCCCCGUCCUGUGAAGGUGCCGCGAUGCCACAGUGACCCUCCUAACCCCCAUCUCAUUAUCCCAACUCCAGAGGGAUUCAGCACUCGGAGCGUGCCUUCGGAUGCGCGGAGCCACGGCCCCUCAGGCGGCGACUCUGUGCCACCCAAACCCGCCAGCAGUGCCCAUGACACCAGGGGUUCCAGCGUCCCUGAAAAUGACCGGUUGGCUUCCGUCGCAGCUGAAUUGCAAUUUAGGUCCCUGAGUCGUCACUCCAGCCCCACUGAGGAGCGAGAUGAGCCAGCGUAUCCAAAAGGUGAUCUGAGUGGGCCGGUGCGGAGGAGCUGGGAGCUGCGGACACUCAUCAGCCAGACCAAGGGUGAGAGCAAGAACAUUGAACUUAAAAUGUUUCAGCACAGAGGGAUGCUCAUCAGCCAGACCAAGGAUACUGCUUCUAAGCAAGGACCCAUAGAAGCUAUCCAGAAGUCAGUCCGAUUGUUUGAAGAAAAGAGGUAUCGAGAAAUGAGGAGGAAGAAUAUCAUUGGACAAGUGUGCGAUACCCCCAAAUCUUACGAUAAUGUCAUGCACGUUGGCCUGAGGAAGGUGACUUUCAAGUGGCAAAGAGGAAACAAAAUUGGAGAAGGGCAGUAUGGGAAGGUCUACACCUGCAUCAGCGUCGACACGGGCGAGCUGAUGGCUAUGAAGGAGAUUCGAUUUCAGCCCAAUGACCAUAAAACUAUCAAGGAAACCGCAGACGAGUUGAAAAUAUUCGAAGGCAUCAAGCACCCCAAUCUGGUUCGGUAUUUCGGUGUGGAGCUGCACAGAGAGGAAAUGUACAUCUUCAUGGAGUACUGUGACGAGGGCACCCUGGAGGAGGUGUCCCGGCUGGGCCUGCAGGAGCAUGUCAUCAGGCUGUAUUCUAAGCAGAUCACCGUCGCGAUCAACGUCCUCCACGAGCAUGGCAUCGUGCACCGCGACAUCAAAGGUGCCAACAUCUUCCUCACCUCCUCUGGACUAAUCAAACUGGGGGACUUCGGGUGCUCAGUGAAGCUUAAGAACAACGCACAGACCAUGCCCGGUGAAGUGAACAGCACGCUGGGCACAGCAGCAUACAUGGCUCCGGAAGUCAUCACUCGCGCGAAAGGAGAGGGCCAUGGGCGUGCGGCCGACAUCUGGAGUCUGGGCUGUGUUGUCAUCGAGAUGGUGACUGGCAAGAGGCCUUGGCAUGAAUAUGAACACAACUUUCAGAUCAUGUAUAAAGUGGGAAUGGGGCAUAAGCCACCCAUCCCUGAAAGGCUGAGCCUGGAAGGGAAGGACUUCCUCUCUCACUGCCUCGAGAGCGAGCCCAGGAUGAGGUGGACAGCCAGCCAGCUCCUUGACCACUCCUUCGUCAAGGUUUGCACAGACGAAGAGUGAAGGGAGCAGCCUGCGGCUCGGGGCGUGUGCACGCGGAAGAUUCCUCAACCACUGCUGUAUGUGACAUCUCCACGAAGACUGCGCGAAGCAGCGCCAGCCUUCCUGCUUCCAGGACUGAAGGUGCACAGGCGAGGGCGCCGCUGCUGCUCCGGCCGUUCGGCCUGGCCGGGCCUCCCGAGCGCCAGUGUCCACGAGGUAAAGCAGCUGCAUGUUAAGUGCCAUUUCUACUGUACACGGACCAUCGCCUCUGUCACCCCGUUUCUUGCGUGACUGAGACCCGUGACAUCAGUGUAGUGUUUGGACCUCCCGGGGUUCACAAGCAGUUGUAGUGCGAUCAGGUGUCCUGGGCCGUGCUGUCGUCUCCUGUUUGUCCAGUGCACUGACUGAAACCUGACCUCUGUUGUUGGCAAGGUUUGUUAUCGAAAGACUGGUGGAUGAAAUUUAAGGAAAG